GGCGGACGGGCCGGCAGGCUGGGGGCGGCGACAGCGAAGGGCCGCGCGCGGAGGGCGCCGGGCGCAGCAUGGGCGGCCCGCGGGCUUGGGCACUGCUCUGCCUCGGGCUCCUGCUCCCGGGAGGCGGCGCUGCUUGGAGCCUCGGGGCAGCCCAGUUCUCCGGACGCAGGAACUGGUGCUCCUAUGUGGUGACCCGCACCAUCUCAUGCCACGUGCAGAAUGGCACCUACCUUCAGCGAGUGCUGCAGAACUGCCCCUGGCCCAUGAGCUGUCUGGGGGGCAGCUACAGAACCGUGGUGAGACCCACAUACAAGGUGAUGUACAAGACAGUGACCACCCGUGAGUGGAGGUGCUGCCCUGGGCACUCGGGGAUGAGCUGCGAGGAAGUUGCAGGUUCUUCUGGCUCCAUGAAGCCCAUGUGGCCAGGCAGUACCAUGCGGCGGAUGGCACUUCGGCCCACAGCCUUCUCAGGUUGUGUCAACUGCAGCAAAGUGUCGGAGCUGACGGAGCAGCUGAAGGUGCUGGAGGCCAAGGUGGCCAUGCUGACUGUCACAGAGCAGCCAGUGCCUCCAACACCAGCUACCGCUAAGGACCCUGUCCCACUCUGGGGCUCCCCUCCUGCCCAGGGCAGCCCCGGAGGUGGAGGCCUCCGGGGGCUGCCGGGAACCAUUGAGAGUGUGAGGGUCCCGCUGCUUCCCCGAAAUGACCAAGGCGGUGCUCGGGGGCUGCCUGGGCCCAUUGGCCCCAAGGGAGAUGCUGGCAGCCGGGGCCCAAUGGGGAUGAGAGGUCCACCAGGUCCACAGGGCCCCCCAGGGAGCCCUGGCCAGGCUGGAGCUGUGGGCACCCCUGGAGAGAGGGGACCUCCCGGGCCACCAGGGCCUCCUGGUCCCCCUGGGCCCCCAGCCCCUGUUGGGCCCUCCCAUGCCCAGAUCUCCCAGCAUGGAGACCCAUUACUCUCCAACACCUUCACUGAGACCAAUAACCACUGGCCCCAGGGACCCACUGGGCCUCCAGGCCCCCCAGGGCCCAUGGGUCCCCCUGGGCCUCCUGGCCCCACAGGUGUCCCUGGGAGUCCUGGACACAUAGGACCCCCAGGCCCCACUGGACCCAAAGGAAUCUCUGGCCACCCAGGAGAGAAGGGCGAGAGAGGACUGCGUGGGGAGCCUGGCCCCCAAGGCUCUGCUGGGCAGCGGGGGGAACCUGGUCCCAAAGGAGACCCUGGUGAGAAGAGCCACUGGGCUCCUAGCUUACAGAGCUUCCUGCAGCAGCAGGCUCAGCUGGAGCUCCUGGCCAGACGGGUCACCCUGCUGGAAGCCAUCAUCUGGCCAGAACCAGAGCUGGGGUCUGGGGCAGGCCCUGCCGGCACAGGCACCCCCAGCCUCCUUCGGGGCAAGAGGGGCGGAUAUGCAGCCAACUACCGGAUCGUGGCCCCCAGGAGCCGGGACGAGAGAGGCUGAGGGUGAUGGUGGCCCCUGGGGCAGACCAGGCCAGGCUUCCCCUCCUACCUGGACUCAGCUAGCUGCCUCCAGGGACCACCCGUCCAUAUUUAUUAAUGUCCUCAGGGUCCCUUCUGCCAUCUAGGCCUUAGGGGUAGGCAGGUCUCAGUCCUGGCACCUCACACAUGUCUGAGGCUGAGCAGGGCCUGAGAGGUGAGGCCUGGGCCUCAGUUUCCCUCUGUGACGUGGGGGGAUGUAGGCCUUCAAGGAAGGGUAGAGGUACAAGGCUUCCUCUCAUAUGCUUUCUGAGCAUCUAGGCCCAAAGGCACUAAGGGAGUCAGGAGCUGGGGCUCAGCACAUGCAGGGAUGACAUGGUGGGGGGGCAGUCUCCCUCCCCCUCCUCCCCAACCAAACCUCGGGGCGCCCUCCUGCACCCCUCCCUCCUUGUUGUCCAGUGCUGGGUUCCCACUCCAAGGUCAGGCUGCCCAAUCUCUUACUGGAUUGCCAGGGGCUCCUUGCCUUAGUUCUCCCCUCUGAGCUCCCAGGCCCUCCUGCGUUUCAGUUGGGGCUGGGGGCAUGGAGAGGAAGGGACCACCUGCUCCCACAAAUGCUUUUCACAGACACCAGGAGGUAGAAGUGUGCUGGCCAAUAAAGGCCCCUACCUGAUUCCCCGCA